UGACUCCGUAACCAAGUAGUCACCAAGGCGUCGCACCGUUGCAUUCCCGGGAGUAACCUCCCUGGCUACGGGUUACAGUGACCGGAUCCACGGCCUCUCGUGGAAGCGGACGUGACUCUCCGGAAGGACGCACCGCGAGAGAGAGCUUUCGUUACAUGGCGCAUGCUGUAGCUCGUCGUCGUCGUCUUCGUCAUCGUUGCUUCCAGCGGGAGGAGCGAGGGGCUUCAUCGUGAACUCUUUCUAUAAAUAUUGAGGAGGAGGAGGAGGCGGAGGAGGAGGGGGAACGGAGAAAAAGAGCUGCGGGAAAUAAAGACCGAAGUCGUCCCUUUCUCUACUACAUGUCCCCGGAACGCCGCUUCGUGUCGGAUACGCUACUACUUAUAAAUAGUAGAAAACCUCUCCUGUUUGUUUUCUUCCUUCUUUGGUCCCCCUAAUUCCUUUCCUUUCACCUCUUCUCUUCGGAAAAAGGGGAUUCUCUUGCUCGUUUGACGCCGGUUCUUAGGGUUCUUCUCCAGCUCCGUCGCGUCGAGGGUCGUGGUGGUGGGUCGGGCGAAUCGAUCCGAUCGCUGUCUUUAUCUUCCUGUCUCUCCCUCCCUCCCUCCCUCCCUUGCUGUUUAUUUGAUCCGGAAUCUGGGAUAAAAAGGCAGAUGACUUCUUGAACGCCACGCCCAACAGAUCUCGCGCGAUCGCCUCACGAAUUGGAGCUCCGUGUCAGGAUGCCCCAGCUACUAUUUAGGUAGCUUGCUUGAAGGCACUGGAGAAUCUUGUUCAUUGUCAAGUAGGAUAUUCUGCAAAGUCUAUUAGUUAUUUCAAGGUUUAUAAGGCAAAAAUGUUUUUCUCAUAUUGUUUCGUUCGAGCGAGGGACCUGUGGAUGAUAUGUCUUUAUGUACAGCAAAAAGCAAGCCUGAAGUGCUCAGAUUUGGGCUGUGCAUCAAGAACAACCUCAUGAAAUCGUUUGGACUCCUGGAAUAACAAUGUGGUUUGAUGUUAUGCUGAAUUUUUCACAUGAGGCUUGUAAAGUGAUAUCAGGUGCAGCAUAUGAUGAUAUCAGAUUUUGUUACUGUUGUACAAUAUUAAACACAUGUCCUGAGUCCCUACACUAUUUGUGAUCUCACAAUUCCUGAAACUUUACUUACAAAGCAAGAUGCUGAAGUCAGUCCUGGAGCACCCAAAUGUUCCUUCACCAGCAGGAUUUCUGCAUCAAUAUGUUCAUCGUAUGAGUAGCAAACAUUCUCAGACAGAAACCGUACAGCACACGUCUCCAGUUGUUUUUUCUGAAACAAGAGGCAAGGUAAAAUCCUGUGAGCAAAUUGAUGCCAAUGGCACCAGUGAAGAUCCUGUAAAGCUAAAGGUACAUGAGCAUAGAUUAGAUAUUGGAGAUGAAAAGUCUAGCUUGCUAGGAUAUGAAGUUUUCUCUGGGAAGCUUGUUCUAGAUAAGAAAACCAAAACUACAGGGGAUGAUGAGCAAACAGGGUCAGGACCUGGAAACUCUGAUAGCAUUGAUGCAAAGCUUACAACCAAAGCCCUGAUUUGGGGUUCUCACGUGCUAUCUCUUGAAGAUGUGAUAUCUAUUUCCUAUGGUGCUUGUUUUCGUCAUUUUACUAUUCAUGCAUACAGUGUCAGGAGGAGGUCAUAUGGACUUUCUUGUUUUAUGAAACCACAAAGAUCUCAAAAGGACUUCCGCUUCAUAGCAUCUAGUUCAGAGGAAGCCGUUAAGUGGGUCCAGAGCUUUGCAGAUCAGCAAUGCUACAUAAACCGCUUACCUCAUCCAAUGAUGUCUAGCAAGAAGCAGACCUCUAAUCUUGUGGUCACUGAGGCCUUGUAUGACCUGCCAUAUAUAAAAUGUAAAAGUCCACCGAGGUUACUUGUGAUACUGAAUCCUCGUUCUGGGCAUGGUCGAUCAAGUAAAGUAUUCCACAACCAAGUAGAACCAAUUUUCAAGCUUGCAGGUUUCAAAAUGGAAGUGGUUAAAACAAAAUAUGCUGGUCAUGCAAGAGAACUUGUUUCAACUAUUGAUUUCAGCACUUGCCCUGAAGGAAUCAUAUGUGUUGGUGGGGAUGGAAUUGUGAAUGAGGUCCUCAACGGUCUUUUGAUUAGAGAUGAUCAGAAGGAAGCGAUUUCUGUUCCAAUCGGUAUAAUUCCUGCUGGUUCAGACAAUUCGCUUGUCUGGACCAUAUUGGGGGUUAGGGAUCCUAUAUCUGCUGCAAUGACUAUUGUAAAGGGGGGGCUUACUGCUACAGAUGUUUUUGCUGUUGAAUGGAUUCAGACUGGAGCUAUCCAUUUUGGGACAACUGUUUCAUACUUUGGUUUUCUCAGUGAUGUUCUGGAGCUGUCUGAGAAAUAUCAGAAGCGAUUUGGUCCACUACGCUAUUUUGUGGCUGGAUUUCUUAAAUUCCUAUGCUUGCCAAAAUACAGCUUUGAGUUGGAGUAUCUUCCCACAUCAAAGGAGUUGGGAAACUCAAAGGAAAAAGUUUUAGAAAAUCAAGAUAAAAUUGUUAUGUCAGACCUUUAUACAGAUAUAAUUCAUGAGUCGAGAAAAGAGGGAAUCCCAAGGGCUUCCAGCUUAUCCAGCAUUGAUUCGAUUAUGUCUCCAAAUAGAAUGUCUGGUGGAGACAUGGGCACUACAGGCAGCACAAUUGCUAGCAAUGAGCCAUCUGACUAUGUCCGAGGGCUUGAUCCCAAACUAAAGCGCCUCUCUUCAGGGAAGAAUACCUUGGUGUCUGAACCAGAUGAAGUACUUCACCCCCAACCUCACCUUUCUGCUAAUUUUAACUGGCCAAGGACCAGAUCAAAGUCAAGGACAGACAAAACUUGGACUGGCCUGACUGUCACAAAUGAUUCCAGGUGUUCCAGGGGAGCCACUUCUUUGUAUGAUAAAGAAGAUAUAUCAUCAACGCUGUCUGAUCCUGGACCCGUAUGGGACUCUGAAGCAAAGUGGGAUACAGGGCCGAAGUGGGAUGCUGAGCCCAACUGGGAAGGUGAGAAUCCUAUUGAGUUGCCAGGGCCACCAGACGACUUAGAACUAGGAAUGAAGCUGGAACCUGUUCCAAGUCUAGAGGACAAGUGGUUUGUUAAAAAAGGCAAAUUUCUUGGCAUUUUGGUGUGCAACCAUUCAUGCAAAACUGUCCAGAGUUUGAGUUCUCAGGUCGUGGCUCCAAAAGCUGUACAUGAUGAUAACAGUUUGGACUUGUUAUUAGUUGGUGGAAGUGGGAGAUUGAGAUUGUUAAGAUUUUUAAUCUGCUUGCAGUUUGGUAGGCAUCUAUCUCUGCCUAAUGUGGACUAUGUUAAGGUAAAGUCCGUGAAGAUUAGGCCUGGCUUAACCACUCAUAAUGGCUGUGGUAUCGACGGGGAACUUCUUCAUGUCAAAGGGCAAAUUAUGUGUUCCUUGCUUCCCGAUCAAUGCAGGCUGAUAGGACGUCCUGCCCAACAUUGUAAAUGACUGUUAAAAACUCUGAAAUCAGCAGCGCUUCUACCGGGAGUGUGCUCCAUUUCUCUUCCAAUAUAUGGUAAGCUGUGUGCUAGUAGAAUGUUAAAGGUCAACGAGGACAUGACCCAAAGCGUCAGUUCCAUUAGGAGCCACCGCUUUACUUGUUCCUGGUGUAUAUAGUGUGGUGCUUUUGGCAGCAUCUGCGAGUGAUGAUUUUUUUUUUCUUUCUUCUUUUGAACUCCUCCGAAUUGGAACCUACAGUUUGCUUAUUUUCCUGUUUGUCCAUUUUAUUAUAUUCCUUUUGGGGGCAGUUCUUGGUUUUCACUGGAAUUGUUUUCUUAAUUAUAUAUUCUUGUACUGUAUAAAGCAUAGCAGUCCAUGGGUAGUUCUUGUUCUUCUUUUCUAUGGGCCUGUACUUUUUUUAUAGAACCGUCAUUGGGAUCUUUCCUCCGAGUUUAGUAAUUACAUACCACUCUCUCGCUAA